AUGGUAAGUGGGGUAGAUCGAAAUGAUUUCUUUCUCGACCUCUUCAGGGGUGGACCGGGUAAGCAUAUCUGCUCCGGUAGAGAGAAUAUCCUACUAGAAUGCAACAGUCUUGAGGAAGACAUAAGAAAAGAAUUUAUAAAAAAUUUGGAGAAUCCAUCAUUUUUAUCCAAAGUAUCCAUGUUUAAAAGAAAUUUAAUUUAUGAUUUUUCAUUCAUUAAAAAAGAAGAAAUAAAGAAAAGAAUUUGGAAUAAUUUAGAGAUAAUAAUUGAUAGCUUAGGAAGAGAAGAUACAAUAACAGUUUACAAUAAUUUAAAAAAAUGCUCAGGGGAAGAAGAGAAGGACCUUUUCUUGGGAUACUUGAACAACUUUUGCUGGGACGCGGAAAGAAAAGUCGCAAAAAAAGGAGAGAAAAAGAAAAAAAAAAAUAAAGGAAACAAAAAAAAAAGAAAAAAAUGUGGAAACACAACUGUGGAAAAUGGUGAAGAAGAACAUAAGAUGAGACAGCAACACGAAAAGAGAAAGUGUAAAGGGGUUAGCAGUCGUACGAUAAUUUACUCUCUGGUUAGAAGUGGUCCUCCUAACAGCUCUAUCAUUAGCAGUGACCCGCUUAACCGUACUGAGUUGAAGAGCUACUUGCCUGAUAACGUUAAUUUAGAAAACAUUCUGUGGAAACACAUAGAUGUAAGUAAUUACAAACACAAAGGGUUCGGUUACAUCAACAAAAGCAUCAACACUUUGUGGAAUGCCUACAUAUCUUACAAUCUACUGAAUACAAAUAAAUGCAAACAGAAAGAUAUAGUAGAAGACCUUUUAGAGGCAAUCAUACAAAAAGAGCACGAACAGAUAGGACUUAUCGAGGGGUUCAGGAAUGAAGACUUGUGCAAAAUUUUGAAUAUACGAAGAGGUGGUAACAAAGAGGAAGAGAAUAAAAAGGAGGAUGAGAACAAAAAGGAGGAAGAGAACAAAAAGGAGGAAGAGAACAAAAAGGAGGAAGAGAACAAAAAGGAGGAAGAGAACAAAAAGGAGGAAGAGAACAAAACAGAGGAAGAGAACAAAAAGGAGGAAGAGAACAAAACAGAGGAAGAGAACAAAACAGAGGAAGAGAACAAAAAGGAAAAAGAUACUGCAUCUAACUGUAUUAGUAUAGGCGAAGUGACCAUAACUGAUAUAAAAGAAUACCCUCUUAACAACUUUAUGUGUGAUGUUCUGUGUUACCCAGGGCAGCUUAGUCCAAUGAUUAUUUUAGAAAAUGCAUUACAUGGUGAUAAUAAAGGAAAUAUAAACUAUUCCGUGGAUGUGUAUGAUAACCUUAUGAACAUGUUAAUGUGUGGGAAGAGAUCGAGCUAUGAAAAAGGGGGAGGAGGGGGUGACGACUUUGCGUCCAGAAACAUGAGAAAGUUGAAGAAGUGCCUUAACACUAGUAAUAUUAAUUCGACGUUUAUUCCUUAUGGUGUUCUGUCCUCAACCUCGGCCCCGUUUGUCCCGUUAGCCCCGUUACCUAUGUCCACAACGUCUGCUAUGCAUGCUCCAUUAGCCGCACCCAUCACGUCCUCCGUGUUUGCCCCAUUAGACAUAUCUACUACGCCCGCCCCCUUUGCCUCUUAUGUUCCAUCUGCUGUAUCUAUUACUUCAUUAGAACCCCCUUUGAAGGAUGUUGUUAACACCCCGGCAGUUACACGAGUGUGCACAACGAAGAACACAUGUGUGAGCAAAUCGGUCAGUUUCUUCAUGUCGACAGAGGAAAGUCAAAAAACAUUAACAAGCAAUAAUUUAAAUAAAAAAAGUUGCAAUAAAUUUCGGAUGCUGGAAAGAUCGAACAGCACAACUAAUAAGGAAACUUUAUUGAAUGAGUUAAAAGCGAAUUGUAGUACUAACGCUAAUACGGAUGCUAAUACUGAUGCUAAUACUAAUGUUAACACCGGUGCUAAUACGGAUGCUAAUACUAAUGUUAAUACCGGUGCUAAUACGGAUGCUAAUACUAAUGCUAAUACUGAUGCUAAUACUAAUGCUAAUACCGAUGCUAAUACUGAUGCUAAUACCGAUGCUAAUACUAAUGCUAAUUCGGAUGCUAAUACUGAUGAUGCUAACACUGAUGCUAAUGCUAAUACUAAUGCUAAUGCUAACACUGAUGCUAAUGCUAAUACUAAUGCUAAUGCUAACACUGAUGCUAAUGCUAAUACUAAUGCUAAUGCUAAUGCUAAUACUAAUGCUAAUACUAAUACUAAUGCUAAUGCUAAUGCUAAUGCUAAUGCUAAUGCUAAUGCUAAUGCUAAUGCUAAUGCUAAUGCUAAUGCUAAUGCUAAUACUAAUGCUAAUACCAAUGCUAAUGCUAAUACCAAUGCUAAUGCUAAUACCAAUGCUAAUGCUAAUACUAAUACCGAUGCUAAUACUGAUGUUAACAUUAACUUUAGCACUAGUAUGAUCACCAACAUUAACAAGCCGUGUAAGGAAGAUCCGACAAAUAAAUUCUAUAGUAAUAUUAAGCUAAGCGAUGGUAUCAGCAAUCUUGAGAAGGAUCCCAACAUAAUCAUAAAAAUAAAGAAAGAAAUACUUAGAAAAGCAAAGGCAAGAAGCUUAAGAGCACAAGCAGAAAAAGAAUAUGAAAAACAUUUAUACGAGUUAAUCUUAAACUCACUUAAAGGGGAAAUAAAAAUGAAUGUAAAAAAUUUUGUUAAAAUACAUCAAGUAGGACAAGGUGCAUAUGGGGAUGUAUGGAUGGCAGAGGACAUUACAAAUAAUAAAAGAGUUGCUUUAAAAAAAUUAAAAUUAAAUGGAAAUAAAGAAGGGCUAGCUAAAACGUAUAUACGAGAGAUAUCUAUUCUAAAUUUACUAAAACAUAAAAAUAUUGUUGAACUAAUGGGGGUUAUAUAUACAAAAAUUCCAAAUGACGAUGAUUCAGACCGAAUGGACGACUUUCCCUCUGAUCAAUACCAAAAAAGGGAAGUAGAAGAAGAGGCGGAUAAAAAAAACAUAUGCAAUGUUACUGUAUCAUUGAGCGAUGCAAUGAAAAAGCGUAAAUUGCAAUUGUCCAUAAUGGGAAAGGGGGACAAAGUGUGUGGGAAACAAUCUGGGUGUAGCUUGUUAUCAGGCACAUCACGUGGGUUGGCGAUAGAUAGGUUACGUAGUUCUACAGAAGAUUCAUCGAUUACUGCAUCGACGGACUCGUCGCUUUACUCAUCGACAGAAUCGUUACUAUCUUCUGCACGCUCCUCAUCAACGGACUCGUCGCAUUACUCGUCGACCCGCUCGCGCGCCUCAUGGAUGAAGUCCGCGCAAAGCAAAGGAGAAGAAAAGAUGUCCAUAUGGAUGGUGUUUGAGUAUGUACCUUUUGACUUAUCAGGAUAUUCUGAACUGCUAAGGGAAGAAAGAACACAACGAGAGAGAUAUAAAAAUGAAAAUUUGUUUACUAUAGGAGAAAUAAAAAAUAUAUUUUUACAAUUGUUGAGUGCUUUAGAUUAUUGUCAUAAGAAUAAUAUAAUACAUAGAGAUAUAAAAAUAGCUAAUUUACUUAUUGAUAAAAAUGGAAUAUUAAAAUUAGCUGAUUUUGGAUUAGCUAGAUAUCAUACGAAUAUGACUUCAUCCAAUAUGACUAAUAGAGUUAUAACCUUAUGGUAUAGACCUCCAGAAUUAUUAUUAGGUUCAGAGUAUUAUUCAUCAGCUGUUGAUAUGUGGAGUUGUGGUUGUGUAUUAGCUGAGUUAGUUACUAGUAAUCCUUUAUUUUCAGCUGAAAAUGAAACAGAUAUACUAAAAUUAAUUGUAAAUAAAUUAGGUCUUCCUAAUGAUAAAGAUAUGAAAUUUUUAAAAAAUUUACCAUAUUGGAAUGAUAUAGCAUUUAAUCCUAUUCAUCCAAAUAAUAUUAAUAAUGUCAAUCCGAACAAAAUGAUUGACACUGAGAAUGCUAUUAGAAAUAUACAAGGUGUAGGAGAUAUAGGAUUAGAUCUAAUUAAAAAAUUAUUAAGGUGGCAACCAUAUGAAAGACUAACUGCUUUUAAUGCUCUUAAACAUCCAUGGUUCAAAAUCAAUCCUUUACCUGAAAAAAUACAUCAACGAGAUAAUAUUAAAGCUGCUCAUAGUUAUAUGACUAAGAGUUAUAAAAAGAGAGAUUGUCCUAAAAUUAAUUUUAGAAAAAUUAAUGAAAAUUUUAGGUUUUUGAAUGUUGGAAAUUAUAGAACAGCUUUCUUUCUCGGAAAAUACAAAGAGAGGCAGGCUCAAGUCGCAUCCCUCCAGGCAUUCUCCUCGUGUGCGGGCCCCCAAGGUAAAACGGAAAAGGAAAAGAUGGACCUAAAAGUUAAGGCAGAGAAUGAAAAAAGAGAAUCAGAAAAUAAGAAGGACAGAGCAGCAGCAGAACGAGGAGCAGUUGACGGAGUAGCGGUCAAACGAGGGGGACUCGACAGAGGAGCUGCUGGAAGAUCGGGGAAUGACCACAGUAACAGAAGAAAGUUGAAGCCCUUUUUCAAACAGCUGGACGAUACUAAUAUUGUCAGAACAUAUAGAGACGAAUAUAACAUAAGGACUAGUAGCAAAAAAGACGACUACUUGUCAAGGGAAGACCGCAAAAGUGUGUUACCGUAUGAUGUUAAAAAAGAAUAUAUAUUAAAAGAGGAUGAAAAAAGGAGAGUAGCACAAAGAGAAAGGUAUUACAAUUAUAAAUUUAAGAAGCUUUAUAAGGAGGAGAGUCAUAGUCAAAGUUAUCGAAGCAAAUACAGAGACGAAAAACGGUGGGGAGAGAUAGAUUCAGAAAGGAGGAAACAUUCAUAUAAUUAUAAAAGCAUAUACAAUGAAGAGUUGUUUAGACACAAAAUGAUCUACAGGAGUAAGGAAAAUAAAAGUCGGGAUAGGGACUGGUAUUAUAGAGAGAGAACUAGAGACUGGGACAGGUACAGAAAUAGAGCCAUGGACAGGAGUAGGGAUGAUAGAAGUAGGGAUAGAAGUAUGCAUAGGAGUAGGGAUGAUAGAAGUAGGGAUAGAAGUAUGCAUAGGAGUAGGGAUGAUAGAAGUAGGGAUAGAAGUAUGCAUAGGAGUAGGGAUGAUAGAAGUAGGGAUGAUAGAAGUAGGGAUAGAAGUAUGCAUAGGAGUAGGGAUGAUAGAAGUAGGGAUAGAAGUAUGCACAGGAGUAGGGAUGCUAGAAGUAGGGAUAGAAGCAGAGUAUGGCACAGAGGCAGAAGCAGAAGCAGAAGCGGAGGAAGAGAGGAGUGGGAGAGGGAGAGGGAGAGAAAAAGGGAAAAAGACAUAGAGAAGGAGAAAGGAAAAGGCAAGGAAAGAGAUAAGGAGGUAGGCAGAACAACGGAUAAGAAGCGAGAUAAGGGGGGAGGAAGAACAACGGAUAAGGAGCGGGAUAAGGAAGGAGGCAGAACAAAGAGUAAGGAGGUGGAAAGGACUACGGGUAAGGAGCAAGAGGGGGAGAAGCAUAAAGAGGGAGAAAAAAGUGCACACAAAAAAAGCAGUAAAGAUAACACGAAUAAUAGUGAUGAACGCCAAAAAAAAAGAGCAAAAAAGGCAUAA